AUGAAAGAGGCUCGUUCGAUUCUCUUACUCGCGCUGUUAGCAUGCCUAAGGAAUCUCAAUGUAGUUCAAGGACACCGUUUUGUUUUGCGCCCAUUGAGCGCACAGGAAGUCUAUCAGCUGCUAGCCAAUACGGGUCGUAGUAAUGACAUACCGCAGGGUCGCAUUGUCACACAGGGACUCACCUUCAUCGGUGACAUCACACGCCGUAUUAUCGGUGUCGGUAAGGAAACGCGCAUUUCUACGCAAGAGGUUUGCUAUGAAACGCGUAGCGCACGGAGUCUAGCCGAGGCUGAAGCGGUCUACGAGUCUUAUGUAGCGGCCAAUAGUCGACCUGAGGCUGAUAGGCAGCGUAAACGAGUGCGUAAUAGUGAGGUGGGGCGCAUUUUGAAGCUGAAGAAGCGUAAAAAGUUACGUGCAGAUGAAGAAAUCAGGGGAAAUCAACGCAUUCGAAAUGAAGAUAAUGCGCCAUUAAGUAUGCCCGGCUUGGGCUCUCGCACGGCUACACCUACUUAUAGUACGGACUCUUCCAUUUAUUCUUCACCGCAGCGCGCUUCGCUCACUACGGACCCAGCUGUAACAACUAUGAUGACCAAAACAGAUGCGACUGUGACGACAAAUCCCUCUACAACAAUGAAUCGGAAUAACGAUGUCACGAUCACAACAUUCACAACAUCCACAUCGCCAGAGGGCGCCAUUAACUGCAUUGUUAUUAAAAAGAAUGAAUAA